GAUGACUUUUCCACUUACUUCACCCAUCACACAAAACAGUGUUAGGCAGACAUGGAGAGAGCAGACUUAUUACAGAGACUGACUGACUCUUGGAAAAUAUAAUUACACAAAAUAGUAGGACGGAAGAAAACAGACCCUCAUUUUGUCAAUUGUAUUUUUUUUUUUACACACGUGGUAAACUGAGUCACUUCUGCAGUCACACAGAUCAGCGAGCAUGGAGGAUUUCAGGCGAGGCAGAUGUGACAGUCUGGAUGCAGGGUCAAGGUGUGACAAGGAGGCGAUGAGCCCGAGUGACUAUAUCUCCCUCUACCACGAGGGCUGUGACCCUGCAGUCAUCCUCGAGCCUACACCAGCAGAGCUGGCUCAGUGUGAGGCUGAAGUGGGCACGCUGCUCAACAUCAUUGCUGAACUGAACAAGAAGAUGGGGUCACUAAAAGCUCCGAGUGAACCAGAUGACACGAGACCGCCGGCUCCAUCCAGGCCUCUGGUUCCAGAUCUUCUGUCUCACCGGCUCGUUAGAAGCAGCCCAGAAAGAAACAGCCCAACAUCUAAACCUCCACUGAAUGACCAAGGAGGCAGUGGUGUUGUCUGGAGCAAACUGCAGGAGGUUUUAUCAUCAGUGGAGGACUCCAUCAGCUUCAGAAGGACCUGGGCGGCCCCCAUCACAGCUUCUGACCAGGAAAAGCACAGAGAGCAUCUGAGAGCAGCUCAAGAGAACUGGGUUAAAGCCAGCCAGAUAUUGGAAGAGAUGGAAAGAGAGUUUGGGAUUUCGUGCCGGUCGAGCUUCCCAAGAGACCAGUACCAGGAAGACAUGCUGGAUGGGGACAAACAGGAGUCUGCUCUCAGAAGCCCCCCACAGAGCAGCAUCAGCCAGGUGGAAGAGGAGAAGAACAAGCUGGUUGGUCUCCAUAAAGCCUGGAGGUCUGGCGGCCACAUUCCUUCCUACCGGCCCACUGCUGGGGCCCUAAGUCCAGACUGGGCCUCGCCCCCCUAUCCCGGUUCACCUUUACUCCACAGGAGAGCCAACAGGGCUGUGACGCCUCUGACUGUGGGUGGGGAUGGAUCUCCACUGGGAUCAGUUAACUCGGGCAGUCUCUGUCCCAGCCCCCUCAGCCUGGAGUCUGAGACAGAGCGGCUCAACAGAUGCAUCGAGAGGCUGAAGGCCAGAAACGAACGUCUCACUGCAGCUCUGGAGCGAAGGAAAGGAGAGUCGGAGCAGAUCAAUCUCACGCUGAACAGGCUUGAGUCCGACUGCUCGGCCCUGCAGAUGGCUCUCAGAUACUGUGAGGAGUGUGAAGAGGCCUACGGCGAGCUGCUGUCGCUUUAUGACGCCAGGAAGCAGCAAAGCAGUCCUCAGCAGAGUGUCUCAGCAGAGCCGGUCGGCGACAGUCGGGACCCAGACAGUCCAUUAGCUCAGCUGAGGAAAAUGGGGACCGAAGAGCUGUCCACCUCCUUCUCGACAGCAGGGGUCACAGAGGAGACGGAAACAGCGAGUCACACGGGGCAGAGGACGCCCGAGCCCGAGGAUCGGGAGGCGGCUCUCCGGCAGCAAAUUGAGCGCCUGAAGAGGGACCGGGCAGCCAUUUGCCUCCCUAAGCCAGGUCCAGGAGCAGAGGCCAAACUGAGCCCACCUGGACAAAGAGGGGGUCACAUGACUAAAGACAAACCUGAUAACAAGAAGGAGAAGGCUUCCCUGUUUUAUGAACUGAUCUCAGUCAGGGAGGAGAUGUCAGAUCUGCGAGCUUUAAUCCGCCUCAAGGAGAAAGAGCUGAGGUGUCUGGAGUGGAGUUUAAUGGGCCAGAAGGCUCAGGGAGCAGCUGGAGUCUUCAUCCCAGAAAGUCUCCAAGAGGAGGUGGAGGAUCGUAGGACUGAACAACAGAGGCUCUGUGAGAACGCAGCGAAGCUCGGUUGUGAAGGGGACAUCGCUGGUUAUAGGACAAGACCCAUCCUGAAAGAGCUGCAGGCGGUCCUGCAGAGGGAGCAAGCCUUGAAGAAGCGGCUGGCUUUGGUCCAUGAGUCACUGAACGCAGCCGUCUCAGACAGUUCCUCCCACAGGAGGGACAAUGCGGAGCAGAUAGCUCGCCUCACACAAGCUCACAGCAAAGCCUUGAGUUCAUACCGUCAGAUACGGAGGAAGUAUCGGGAGCAGGUGUGGCGGCUGGAGCAGAAACUGGCGGCCUCGAUGGAGAGUCGACACGGCCAGGGCGGAGCUGCAAAAGCUGCAGAGGAAGCCUUGGAGUGGAGGAGGGAGGAGACUGUUUUAUAAGACAUCAAGUCUUCGCUGAAAGCCAUCUCGACAUCCGUAUCUUAAUCACAUCAGCUACAUGUGUAAAUAUGACGAGUAUAGCUUUCUGCUUUUAUCUAGUUUAUAUUAGAUGCUUAUAUUUUUAGCCUUUUUCUGGGCCUGUAAAGAAUAUCUAUUUAUCUAGCAAUCAUUAAUGACAUCCAGCACUUUCUUUGGCUCUUGGGGGGUAAAAAAUAAAACAUAACACUGUGAUUUCUACCUGAACGGUUGUGUAAGAUUUAUCAAUAAACUGAAUUGGACUCUAAAGCUUGGCGUCUCUAAAAGGAUCCACAUCAGACAAACAGCUGGGACUCAAAGACUGAGCCCACUAAAGGCCUCGGGACUGACCUCAACAGUGCACGCGUCCAUUUUCCUGCAAACGCCAACUGCACGAAGCUGCUGCCAGGCAUCCUUCCUUUUGUGACGGCAGGGUUAGUAGUCGACAUAGUAGCGUAACUACUCAUUUUCUAAGCCUCGCCUCACUCUCGUAUGGCUCAACUUACCUUGUGUAUAGUUAUCGUGUCUGGAAAUAUCUGCCUUGUACAUUUAUGCCGUAAUCCCGUUAUACUGAGGAACAUUUUAUGCAAGGUUAAAGAUAAGGUUUCCAUAAUGCAGUCUGCACCCUGAAAAGUACCCAUGUUGUUUGUUUUUCUGCUAAAUCACCAGGAAAUGACAGUCUUUAAAUUUACUUACAGUAUAAUUAUUUCUUUAUAUCCUGUAAAAACCUUAUUUGUUAGCUCUUUAUUCUAGUGUACCUAUUCAUUUGUUGGUAAUGUGCAUACUUCCAGAUGCACUGGGCUUUUUUAAAUUAUUAUUUCUAAAUUCAGUGGAUUGACCCUUUAAGACUCGGCUUAUUGAGCUUCUCACCUUCUUUGUCACCCACUCGUUCAUAUUUCAGUCGCUCUGCCUUUACUCUUUAUUUCCUCCCCCUCCAUCUUCCCUGCUCUCAUCUCUCACCCCUCGCCCUGACCUGCCCGAGCCGGUUAGCUGCAGCUGUGACUGCCGGUCAGGAGGUUAAGGCAAAGGUUGAGUGUCACACCCACAGGGUCACAGCGAUGCCUGCCUGUUGUGUUAGGCUGUGAAUGGAGAGUUCACAGUGCCAGACGAGGUGGCGAGCCCCUGACGCUCCGACUCCUGCCUGAGCUUGCCCUUUCCCGGGCAGAGGUCAGCGGAGAGGGCCCGUCCUCCCGCUCCCCCCACGCCUCCAGGUCACCAUUGCCAUUGUUGUAAUAGCUGCCAUUAGAGCAGAUGAUACAAUUAUCUUUCCAUUUUGUGUUGCCGCUCUCUAAGAUCUGCGUUAAGCUUCUGAGUUCAUCAAAGGUUUUUUCGAUGACACGAUUGUUGUAACCUCUGUGUGACUCUUGUGUCAAAGGCAACGCAAUAAAGCAAAAUGUCUCUUGGAAAGAAAUGGAUUUUUGUUCUUUUGUUUAUCCUCGAGGGGUGAAAAAGUGUUCAGAUGUUUUAUUUCGGUACCUAAAAGCACUCUAUUAAAAGUCGUCUUUCAAUUAUCA